UUCAUAUCUGUAGCUAAGCAUUAGUCUUUAAUCCAAAAGAGAAUAAUGGAGAGGAAGACAAAUCUAAUGGCCUUUGGGUUGAUGAUGAUGCUGUUGAUCCUAAGCGCAACUACUGCAAGAGCCGAUCUAUGCCAGGAUGCACUGAAAUCUUUGAUGCCUUGCUUUGCGUUCUUGACGGGUUUUAGCCCACCGCCACCCAACGCUGGCUGCUGCCAAGGCGCACAAGAUGUGCUAAAUAAGGCUACGACCUCCGCAGAUCGCAAGGCUCUGUGUGUCUGUUUCAAAAAUGUUAUAGGCCAGGGUGGUAUUUUGCCUGAUAGGGCUGAACAACUUCCCGAACUCUGCAACGUCAAAACUCCGGUUCCGAUUAGAUCCGAUGUGGAUUGCGACAAAUUAUGAUGAUUCCAUAAGGAGCGGAUCAGAUAACAUGAAAUAAAGAUUGGGGAACAUGCAUAGAUAGAGCAAUAUAUAUAUAUAUAUAUAUAUAUAGCCAAAUAUUGGGUUGUAAACAUUAAUAUAUCGAAGGACGUCGACUCUUUUUGGCUAUGUU